AAGACGGUCGUACCUUAUCAGAUUACAAUAUUCAGAAGGAAUCUACACUUCACUUGGUACUUCGUCUCCGUGGUGGUAUGCAAAUCUUUGUAAAAACGCUCACUGGUAAAACCAUCACGCUUGAAGUUGAAUCAUCAGACACUAUUGACCAAACCAUUACUCUCGAAGUCGAGUCAUCCGACACUAUUGAUCAAGUAAAGCAAAAAAUCCAAGAUAAAGAAGGAAUUCCACCAGACCAGCAACGUCUCAUUUUUGCGGGCAAACAAUUAGAAGACGGUCGUACGCUCUCUGAUUAUAACAUUCAAAAGGAAUCUACACUUCAUCUUGUUCUCCGUCUUCGUGGCGGUAUGCAAAUCUUUGUUAAAACUCUUACUGGUAAAACUAUUACACUCGAAGUCGAGUCAUCCGAUACUAUUGAUCAA